AUGGACCCAAACAUUUUCAACGUUGAUAAUAACAACAAUGAAAACGUUGAUUACAACAGUGAAACUGAUGAUUACAACGGUGAAAAUGUCGUUAACAACAUUGAAGACGGUGAUAUAAGGGCAACCUUGAAUAAUAUUUUAGGGAUUGAAGGUAAUGACAGUUUGCUCUCUAAUGUUGAUGAAGAUGAAGAUUCAGAGGAUUUCAAUGGUGGUGGUCUAGACCCAUACUUGGACAGCGAGGAUGAAGGGCUCAACUUGGUGCGUGUAGAGGAAGAGGUAAAUACUCCUGAUCACUUUGAGGAAUACGAAGAGGAUCCUUUGACGGAUGAAUAUGAACAUGAGCAUGAUGUGACAGAUGAAGAUGAAGCUAGAGGAGGAAUGAAUGAGGAGAGAUUUACACAUGAACAAUUUUUACAAGGUCCUAUUGAAGGGAUGACAUUUGGAAGUAAAGAUUCAAUGUUUUCAUUUUACAGAGAGCACGCCACAUUGAAAGGGUUUGGUGUGGUGAAAAAAACAGCGUUAAAAAAACUUAGUGAUUUUGUUAAUUAUGUUGUCUAUGCUUGUGAUAGGUCAAGGAAAGGAAAACAAAAGAAAUCGAGCAAAAGAAUUGAAUGUAAAGCUCGUGUUAAUGCUGUUAUGAUGGUUGAUGGAUCAUCAUGGCGUGUCACUAGGGUUGAAAGUGAGCAUAAUCAUGUGUUGGAUGCCAGACUAUCACGAUUUAUGCCCUCACACAGGGAAAUGAGCAGGAGUUUGAAGAGGCAGCUUGUUGCUCACGACAUUGCAGGUUUGAGACCUUCAAAGAGCAUAAGACUCUUGGAAGUUGAAGCUGGUGGUCCUGAGAAUUUGGGAUGUACCCCCAAGGACUGCAGAAAUUACAUUUUGCGGGAGAGGAGGUUGAGAACCUUGUCCACCGAUGCAGAAGCCAUAAACAGGUUUUUUCUUGACAUGCAGAUUAAGGAUAGGGAGUUUUUCUAUGCAGUAGACCACGAUAAUUCUGGCAGGCUACGUAACUGUGUAUGGGUUCAUACACAUUCUAAGUAUGCAUAUCUUGAAUUUUGUGAUGUGAUAUGUUUUGACACUACCUACCUUGUGAAUCAAUGGCGCAUGCCGUUUGCUUCAUUCAUUGGUGUGAAUCAGCACCGACAGUCCAUACUUCUUGGAUGUGCUUUGAUUACAAGCGAGGAUGCUAACACUUACAAAUAUGUCUUCUUUACUUGGCUUAGAGCCAUGAAUGGUGUAGCUCCAACCGCUAUUAUGAUGCAUCAAUGCAAGAGUAUUAAGGCAGCUAUCGAGUAG